GCUGUUACUCAUUAUCCCCCCUGGGCCUGGGGAGGGGCUGCUUGCUGAGCCAGGCAGCAGCAACCCCACAUCACUCCACAACAUCCCCCCACGUCACCCUGCAUCGAUCUGCCUUGUCCUGCAUCAAAGCCCACAGCACCCCACGUUUUCCAUCCAGCAGCAUGGUUCACGGCCAAGGAGGAGUCAAGUUCCAGAAUUGGGCCAAGACUUAUGGCUCUUCCCCAGAGCUGUACUUCCAGCCCACCUCAGUGGAGGAGAUCCGGGAGAUCCUGGAUAUGGCCCGGCAGAGGAACAAGAGGGUGAAGGUGGUGGGGGGUGGCCACUCACCCUCUGACAUUGCCUGCACUGAUGACUUCAUGAUCCAGAUGGGGAAGAUGAACAAGGUCCUCAAGGUGGACAAGGAGAAGCAGCAGGUGACGGUGGAAGGUGGGAUCUUCCUCUCAGAUCUGAACGUGGAGCUGAGCAAGCACGGGCUGGCGCUGGCCAACUUAGGAGCCGUUUCUGAGGUGGCAGCAGCUGGUGUGAUUGGGACAGGGACGCACAACACUGGGAUCAAACAUGGCAUCCUCCCCACCCAGGUUGUGGGGCUCUCACUGCUGACAGCUUCAGGGGACAUCCUGGAAUGCUCUGAGUCCAUCAAUGCAGACAUCUUCCAGGCUGCCCGCCUGCACCUUGGCUGCCUGGGUGUUGUGCUCACCGUUACCUUCCAGUGCGUGCCCCAGUUCCACCUGCAUGAGGUGACCUUUCCAUCCACCCUCACUGAGGUCCUCAAUCAACUUGAUGACCACCUGAAGAGAUCCCAAUACUUUCGGUUCCUGUGGUUCCCACACAGUGAGAAUGUCACUGUCAUCUACCAGGACCCCACCAACAAGCCCCCCUCUUCCUCUGCUAACUGGUUUUGGGAUUAUGCUGUUGGGUACUACUUGCUGGAGUUUCUCCUCUGGAUCAGCACCUUUGUGCCCAGCUUGGUGCGCUGGAUCAACCGCUUCUUCUUCUGGCUCCUCUUCAGCUCCCGGGUGGAGAACAUCAACAUCAGCUACAAGAUCUUCAACUACGAGUGCCGCUUCAAGCAGCAUGUGCAAGAUUGGGCCAUCCCCAUUGAGAAGACAAAGGAAGCACUGCUGGAGCUGAAGGCUGCCCUGGAGAACAACCCCAAGAUGGUGGCCCACUACCCUGUGGAGGUGCGCUUUGCUCGAGCGGAUGAGAUCUGGCUGAGCCCCUGCUUCCAGCGGGACAGCUGCUACAUGAACAUCAUCAUGUAUAGGCCCUAUGGGAAGAAUGUGCCCCGGCUCAACUACUGGCUGACCUAUGAGGGCAUCAUGAAGAAGUAUGGUGGGAGACCACACUGGGCGAAGGCCCACAGCUGUACCCGCAAGGAUUUUGAGAAGAUGUACCCGGCCUUCCCCAAAUUCUGCUCCAUCCGGGAUAAGCUGGACCCUACAGGGAUGUUCUUGAACACCUACCUGGAAAAGGUGUUCUACUGACAGCACGGGAAUGGAACAAUGCAGGAGAUGGAAGAGAAAUCAGCUGUCAUCCCUGGUUCUCAGGACACCCCAAAGCUCGUAGUCCUUGGUGACCCCAAAAUGCUGUAUUCCCAGCUCUGUUCCCAGCUGUUGCAAUGGCAGGCAGCAUGGGCUGGCCCUGGGAAUGGGGCCGUGUGUUGGCAUCGCUCCUAGUGGGUCCCUGAGAUGUGCACAGUUCCAAGUGUCUCCUGUCCAAGCCAACAUCUGAAUAAAGAGCUUUCUAGCAGA